AUGGCCGCCAAAAAGAUUUUGCUUGUAGACAUACAGAAACCCUACUUGAUCGCUCAGGUGCAUUGCAAGGAUGACUGCAGUGGUCGAGGUUCUUGUUUGGACGGCAGAUGUGCUUGUGAUAGCGCUUUCUACGGCGCAGCUUGUGAGUUCCCACGCUGCAAAGAUGAUUGCAACGGCCACGGCUACUGCGACAGUGGCAAGUGCGUGUGUACUGGUGGAUAUCGGGGCUUAAGCUGCGCAGAGCGUGCGCCCAUGCCAAAGAUCAUUGUGCCCCAGGCAAAACCUGAAGAGGAGUUGCCUGUUGUGGACACCAAGAAAGUGAAGAGCAUCGCUCCACCUAGUUGCCCAGAAGAUUGCAAUCACAAGGGCAGGUGUGAGGUGGAUGGCACUUGCAGUUGCAUGGCGAACUACACAGGUCUUGCCUGUGAAAACCACUGCCCCAGUGGCUGCAGCGGUAAGGGUGCUUGCGCCGGAGGGCAAUGCAUUUGCUUCUUCGGCUGGGGUGGAGUGGAUUGCUCACUGCCCAUGUGCUGCAACGGUCAUGGAGAUUGUCCCAUUCCAGGCACCUGCAAAUGCCAUGAGGGAUGGAUGGGCGAACAAUGCGAGAUUGAGCUGAAAUGCCCGGACCCAGCUUGCUCUGAACACGGUACUUGCUUCCUUGGCACCUGCAGGUGCCAGCAAGGUUGGGCAGGCGUUGCCUGCCAGCAGUUUGUGCCUCCACCGGGCAGCAUGAACUCGAUCCCACCUGCUCUAAUCCCGGCUGCUCCUGGAACGCUUGGAGAUCCAAUGCCAGCAGCAUUGCUAGACCUUCACAGCAAAGAGGCCGGGUAA